GGAUUUCAAAACGAGCGAGUUCCGUUCCGGUCUCUGGAAAGAUUCCAAUAGAAACACAAAAUGGAUGCGCCUUUGAGGGAGCAGGUGAUGAUCAAUCAAUUCGUCGUCGCCGCGGGCUGUGCACACGAUCAGGCGAAACAAAUCCUGCAAUCGGCCCAUUGGCAAUUCGAGACUGCACUGAGUAUAUUUUUCCAAGACGCCGCCAUACCUACGUGUCACCAAGGGGCAUCAGCACAUUUCGGACAGGUGAUGACGCCCUGCAACACGCCGGCGACGCCGCCCAAUUUCCCCGACACCCUUCUGGCUUUCUCGAAGCUUUCGGCGGGAAACGGAAGCGGCGGAUCUUCGACGAAUCCGACGGGAAUCCCCGGAAAUUCGCAUACGGCGCAGGCGCCGCGCCGCUCCCCCCAACCGAUGGCCCAACAACGAUAAGAGUGCGCCCGUCCCCCCCAGUAUCACUCGCUCGUUCGAUCCAUCUAUGCUAUACGUCGGUUCUAAAAUAACUGACAGGUGACUUAUGAAGCGUUCUGAACGGUUCUGGAGCGUUCUUAAUGGUUCUGGAGCGUUCUGAAUGGUUAUGGAUUCGUUUUGAAUGCUUCUGGAGCAAAUUUAAAUGACUAUGGAGCGUUCUAAAUGGUUUUAAAGCGUUCUGAAUGCUGCUGGACUGUUUUAAAUGCUUUUGGAGCAUUCUAAAUGGUUUUAGACAGAUUUAAAUGCUUCUGGAGCGUUGUAAUUGGUUCUGAACAGGUUUUGAAUGCUUCUGGAGCGCUCUGAAUGACUAUAUAGAGCGUUCUAAAUGGUUCUGGAUAGAUUUAAAUGCUUCCGGAGCGUUCUAAAUAGUUCUGUACAAAUUUUAAUGCUUCUGGAGCGUUCUAAAUGAUUUUAGACAGAUUUUGAAUGCUUCUGAGAUUAUAGAGAAUUCUACAAACGAUCCUGGUUAGUUUUAAACGCCUCCGGAACGUUCUAAUUGGUUGUAGACAGGUUUUGAAAGGUUUUGGAACGUUCUAAACAGCUCGAAAUAGUUCUGGACCGUUCUAAAUGGUUCUGAAGCAUUCUAAACGGGUUUUAGACAAUUCUAAACGAUUUUGGAGCGUUCUAAAGACCCAUUUUUCGAUUGUACGAAAAAAAUAGUGCAGGAGCAAGGUGUAUAAAUGUGCUCUCGGGGGGGCUAUAGUGAGAUUGCUCCUGUACUAUUAUUUAAAAUAAAAAAUGAGCGAUGAGUCACUGUCGGUUAUUUUGGAACGGGAGUAUAGAGGUGCUGAUUUUAGCCAUAUAUAAAUAACAGUUACGCUCAGUGUAUAAAGAAAAAAAGAUGAAGAAGAAGAAGAUAAAGAAACGAACUUUGUAUAUGUAAAUUGGACUAUUACGAUAUUAAUGCUAGUGAAAUUUGUUGAGAUAUAUAUUUUAGUUAUUUUGUUGAAGUGAAACGCUGUAUUGGUAUUUUAUUGUUUAUAUACAGGGUGUCCCGCUGGCGAGUUAUACAAGUGUAAAAGUAUCUGUAUACAGGUUGAUUCGUUUUUAGUUUGCAAAGACAACUUUCAUUCGGACACUUGUAAAAGAAAAGGAAAGAGUGAUGUUGUGUUAUAGCAAGCUGUUUAUUGUUAACUCGUUCGUGGGACACCCUGUAUGAAUAUUUUUUGGGACGGAUUUCGAUGAGAUAUUUUUUUUUCCUAUUCGUUUUGGAGAAAUGUAUGAGACGUCACCGAAACCGUGCGUGGAAUAUUUGCGUGUAUUUAAUAUAAGACUGAUUGUUUUUAUCGCAUGUCGAGAAUACAGGGUGUCCCAAUGAAUAAAAAUUGGAAAAAUCGUCAAAAAUUUGAAAAAUUAUCGCAAAUAUAGAAUAUAAUAGUAAAGAAUGAACUUAUUUAUAGUAUACAGGACUUUUUGGGACACACUGUAUAAAAUUUAACUGCUAAAUAUUAAAUACAUGCACGUUGACGAGAUAAUAAAUUUAGAGUAAAGGAAUUAAUUGAGGAGUUUUCGGUGUUUUCCUUUUUUGUAAUUUCCGAUUUUUUUUUUAUUGUUUUCCUAGUUUUCUAAGUACAAAUGUAUUCCAAUUUGUGUUGAUGAUUUGGAAUUCGAAAGCCAAUUACAGUUUUUUGUAAAAAUAUUC